AUGGUUGAUAAGAAAGCUGCAGUGAAUUCCGUUUUAAUAAGUCGUGAAUUUGAAGUGCUGGACAAAUUCCAGAAAAGAGUUUUAGUUUUUCUUGCUGCGAUAUGCCCUAUCACACUAGUCAUAACACCUGCUCUGCCAUUCAUAAAUAAAAGACGUUAUCCGGUGUCGACUGCCAUCUCAUACAUAUUACUGUGUGUUUAUCAGACAACUAAUUAAAUUGAGUUCAAUAAAUUUUAUUGAAUAUUAUGAUGUGUGUUAUGCAUUGACCAUAUUACACUAGGCUACAUACUUGAUAUUUCCUUAUUACAGUCAUUUUCUAAUUUUAGUUUCAACGCAUAACCCUGUUUGAUUUUCGAUAGCAACGUUAUAAGUCACUUUCGAGCAUCCUACAUGAGAGUGGAAUAUUACUUCAGAUUGUUAUUGAAGGCAUGAUUGACAUAUACAAGUGUUUUCUCGACACUUAUCAAAAUGUUUUCAAAACACACUAUCAACUUACCUAUUUCACAUCCACAGGUUUACUAAAGCCG